CUUUCAGCAUCCCCAAGGAACCAUGAGGCUCCUCGCUUUCGCAUCGUUGAUUCUGGCCGUGGCCCAGGUCGGUGUGUGGGCUGCUGCCAACACCACCACCGAGACACCCCCCUUGUGCGGCGUCAGUUGUAUUCAGCAGGAGACGUUGAAGUCGACCUGUUCGCCGACCAACGCCACCUGUAUCUGCACGAAUGUCGAAUUGAACGAGCAGAUUUCACUAUGUGUGGCUGCCAACUGCACCGUCCGGGAGUCGCUGCUGGUCCAGAGCUACUCAAAGCACGCGUGCGGCGCACCGUCUAGAGACCGGUCGACCUUGGUAUGGGUUGUAGGCGUCGUAUUUCUUGUCCUUGGACUCCUCUCUUUUGCCUUUAGAGUCAUGGCUAGGUUCUUCUUGGGUACUCAUACCUGGGGACCUGACGACUGGGUCAUGCUUCUUGCAGUGGCUAUGAUGAUACCGCUGAAUGCCAUCUCUUUCCCUAUUUCCAGAAUGUUGGGCAAAGAUAUCUGGAAUCUCCAUCCAGACGACAUUACGGAUUUCCUUUACUUAUUCUUUUGGGACGAGCUUCUCUACCUGGGGGCCCUGCCAGUGACGAAAAUAUCCAUCUUGCUCUUCUACCUCAAGAUCUUCCCCAACAGAGAGAUCAGAAUCGCCUGUUGGGUUCUCAUCGGCCUCAAUGUCGGAUACUUCAUCGCUUUUGAGCUCGUGUCAAUCUUCCAAUGCAGCCCCAUUGAAGGUGCUUGGAGGGCUUGGGACAAGGAGUUUCCAGCAAAAUGCAACAACAUCAACAUGCAGGGUUGGAUGGCUGCUGUUUUCAACAUUGUGUUGGACUUGGGCACACUUGUCCUGCCGCUCAGGGAGCUGAUCAGGCUCAACCUGUCUGUAAGAAAGAAGGUCCAGAUCAUGGCAAUGUUCAGUGUUGGAUUCUUUGUUGUUCGACUGCGCUCGUUGGCCAGUUACGCUACAACCCACAAUGUUACGCAGGAUUACGUCGAAGUUGGGUACUGGAGCACCAUCGAAGUCCCAGUGGGCAUCAUAUGCGCAUGCAUGCCCGCCAUCCGCUCUCUCUUUAGUCAAAUCUUUCCAAAGGUGUUUGGCAGCACACAACGGAGCAUGCCACCUUAUGCCAAUCUUUCGAACCAGUCGAAACCGAUAUCACACUCCCAGAAAACGCCGUCUAAGGCUGAAUCCCAGCCAUCCAUUCGGGUCAAAACAGAAUUCUCCGUCAGGUCAAGCGACCACGACAACUCAUCCACUGUCGAACUCACAAACAUGUCGCACGAACGACACCACUCUUCCCAAGGAAGACCCACGACUCCGCGCGAGCCAGUAUAA